UACUGAGUACAGUCAUCACUAAGGGCUCAUCUCUAAGGGCUCCAUGUGACUCUGGUGGAGAGGUAGACCAUGAUUUGGGCAGCAAUGUUUGCUCACUCUUUCUCUCACUAGAGUUCUGGCAUCGAAUCAUGGAGUCAACAUCCCAGGACAGAAGGGCAACUCACGUCAUCACUAUAAAACCAAACGAAACUGUAUUGACUGCAUUUCCCUACAGACCUCAUAGCUCUCUGCUGGAUUUUCUGAAGGGAGAGCCAAGAGUCUUGGGGGCUACCCAGAUCCUGCUUGCUCUAAUCAUUGUGGGCCUUGGAACUAUAUUUGCACUUAAUUACAUCCGUUUCUCCCAAAGAUUUCCCCUUGUUGUCCUCACAGGAUAUCCAUUUUGGGGAGCACUUAUUUUUAUUCUUACAGGAUACCUCACAGUAACCGAUAAGAAAUCAAAAUUUCUGGGUCAAGGUGUCAUGCGCAUGAAUGUUAUCAGUUCCUUGGUUGCGAUAACUGGGAUUACUUUCACCAUUCUCAGCUACAGACAUCAAGACAAGUACUGCCAGACGUCUUCCCUUGAAGAAAUAUGUGUUUUCGGUAGAACUCUUUUCAUUGUUCUGUUUUUCUUGCCUUCGGAUGUUACUCAAAAUAGUGAACAACCUGCCCCAGAAGAAAAUGCUCAAUUACAAUUUGUGCUUCAAGAAGAGUUUUCCAGUGAUGAUUCAACUACAAAUGCACACUCUGUUUUCUUUGGAGGCUAUGCUUUCUUCAAGUUAAGACUCUCUAGAAGUCCUUUAGUCUCCCAACCAGGUAAUAAAGGUAGAGAAUUUGUGCCAGAUGAACAAAAGCAAAGUAUCCUUCCAUCUCCCAAAUUUUCAGAGGAAGAAAUUGAACCUUUGCCUCCCACACUAGAGAAAAAGCCCUCAGAAAAUAUGCCCAUUCAGCUAGACUCUACAUUUAAACAAAUGAAAGAUGAAGAUCUACAAUCUGCUAUUGCACAACCUUCCCAAAUGCAAACCGAGCUUCUGCAGGACCAAGCUGUGUCACUCCAAGUUUUUCCAUCCCAUUCUGCACUAAAACUCGAAGAUGUAUCACCUGAAGACUUGCCAUCCCAAGCUCUACCAGUAGAAGGCCUGUCAGAACAAUCCAUGCCAUCUAAGUCUACAUCAUCCCAUGUCAAACAGUCUUAUAAUCUGACAGCUAAUGACCUGCCCCCUCAAGGCAUACUAUCCCAAGACACACCAUCUCAAGAUAUGCUGUUUCAUGACAUGACAUCCCAAGACAUGCAAUCCCUAGAUAUGCUAUCUCAAGAAACACCAUCCCACACCAUGCGACCCCAAGACAUACCUUCCCAAGAUGUUCUAUCCCAAGCUCUAUCAGCCCAUGCCAUAUUACCUGAAGCCUCAACAUCCCAUAUUGUGCAGUUCCCUAAAAUACAACACCAACUUCAGCAGCCCCCAGAUCUUCAACCAGAAAACACUGAACCUCAAAACCAGCAAAUUUUACAAAUGUCAUAUCAAGAUAUUAGAUCAGAAGUUAUGGAAGAGACCAAAGAAUGGAAAUCUGAGGAGGAACUCCAUAGAAGAAAAUCCUCAAGACAGCAUUCCUUAAACCAGCAAACCAAAGCCUUACAAUACUUAAGGAGACAUUCCUUAGCCAUGCAAACCAAAGGCCAGAAAUCCUCAAAGAGGCAUUCCUUAGAUCAGCAAAGCAAAGGCUGGCAAUCUUCAAAGCGGAAAUCCUUAGACCAGCAAAUCAAAGACUGGCUAUCCCCAAAGAGGCACUCCAUAGAUAAGCAAGCUCAACUUAAACAAACUAAAGAGCAACUCCCAGAUCAGCAAGCUGAAGAUCAGCAAGUCAAAGGGGAACGAUACCCAGAAGGACAAUCUAAAGAUGGACAAGUUAAAGACCAGCAGACUGAUAAGAAGCAACUCUCAAAGAAGCAAACCCAGGAUCACCAAACUGAAGACCAGCCAGCCCAAGAGAAGAAAUCCCUGAAAGGACAAUCCGAAAACGUUCAAGCCGAAGGACAGCAAGCUCAGGUGGAGAAAGUGCCGAAAUUGUUAUGCCAAGAUUCAGAAUCCCACAUACAGCAAUAUCAAUUCUGGCAAUCUCCACAAAAGCAAUCUCUAGGCUGGACAACCCAGGACUGUCAAUCUUUUGGCCAAGAAUCCCCUGACUGGACAACUCAAGGCUGGAGAAACAAAGAUUACAAAGCACGAGAAUGGCAAUUUGAAAUGAAGCACUGGCAAACAGAGGAUCUAUUAGAGAAAGAAGCCCUAAAGCAGAAAGCUCUAUACCAAGAAGUCCAAACCCAGCACACAACAGUCCGACAUAACCUAGAAUGUCAAGACAGUCAAGAUAAAGACCAACAAGACCUUCAAUCCAGAGUUACCCAAAAAGGAGAUAUGUAUACUAGAGACAUCAAACCAGGGGACAUGAAACGUAUAGAGCAAACCUCAGGGGACCUGCAAUCAGAAAAUGUGAAGGCAGAUUUUCAUUCUUCUUCUGGCCAAAGCUCAGUACAAGACACAUGUUUUGCCUAUUUGUCCAAUCUAGAUUCAGAACAAGAUAUGCAACCAAACACUUCAGCUUCCUCAAAUUCAUAUAAAGAAGAUGUGAAUUUAACUUGUACUUCAUGUGAUCCAAGAGAUCAACAGCAAUCUGAAGACUCUGACUAACAUGCAGAAUCUACCCAAUACCACACUGUCCCCAUUAAUGUAAUUAAAUUGGGAAAAAACAA